CCCUUCACAGGCUGGUCUCGUUUCAGCAGUACUAGUAUAUAUCACUUCAUGAUCUAUUGUCGACCAUCAAUUUCUCCGUCGUACAUCCUAACUUCUGCAGACGUUUCAAAUAUUUUCGGUGUCUGGGCGCUUCGUGCACUGCCUCUGCGGGACGAUACGGUUGUGCGUUGACGAGGACGAUGUUCUCUUUACACCUCGCACUUGGUCCUCGUAUUGCACGUCUGGGUUUUGAGUCGCUUUGAUGGGCUUCGCAGGCUUCGUCCUAUCCGUCCUACCCACCAUCCCAGACCCAGCUCUCCGUCAACCCCUGACCUUCUCUGCGAUCGCGCCUUUAUUCGCCUGCUACUAUGUCCAGGCCAUCCUCGUGCAGUUCCCGGGCCCGCGAACGUUCCUGUUGCGGCUGUCUUUGCUUCCCGUUAUUGUCUGGUCGGGAUGGUAUGCGGCUACGCGGUAUGAUUUCGCGUGGAGGCUCGCUUUGCUGGCGGGGCAGGAACGCGGGAGGUUUGAGGCGGGGAAUUAUGGAUAUGUGUUUUGGAUCAUUUUUAUCGUUCUGCGGGCGGUGGAGUGGACGUUCGCGUCGAGACCUUACCGUCGGCUCAGGCCAGAUGAUAGUCCCGACUCAGCCUCCAAGCUCAUGAGCAAGGAUGAGGCUGCGCUACCUUUUCGCCGCACACUCCAAGACGCGGGCGAGCUUCUCUUCAAUCAACGAGGUCUCGGCUGGUCAUGGUCGCUCAAUCCCUUCCCUCCUCAAGUCGCUCCUCGCCCCCUCAAACGCAUCCUCCUCUCUCUACUCCUCAAAUCCUUCAUCGCGGACCUAGCAACAUACUCCAUCCAAUGCCUCCGCCCCACCGUCCUCCGCAGCGGAGGAGACACCAUCUUCGACCCCUCCCUCCCUCCUCCCAUCCAAUACGCCACCGCGAUCUACAUCAGCAUCAUGGCCGCCAUCCGUCUCUACUGCAGCGUCGACCUCAUCUACCUCUUCGCCACCCUCCCCGCAUGUCUCCUCUUCGGCCAAUCCACGACACAAUGGCCACCGCCCUCGGACCGUCCGUGGUUAUCCACCAGUAUAGCGGACUUUUGGGGAAAUAGGUGGCAUCAGUUUUAUAGUCGUACCCUGCGCGCGGUGGGGUCUAAGCCUCUUUAUAUGGUGUGGGGCAGACCGGGCGCGGUGAUGGGUGCGUUUGCGCUUUCGGCGGUGGUGCAUGAUUGGGCGCUUUAUGGGCUCGGAAGGGGAACCGAUUUCGGGACGGUGGGGCUGUUUUUUGUGAUGAUGGGUGUGGGGAUAUUGUUGGAGGGGUUGUGGGAGGAGGGACUAGGGAUGGGGAGGGUGAGAGGGUGGAGGGGGUGGGUUUGGGCUAUGGGGUGGAUUGUGGGGUGGGGGACGGUGUUGAUUGAGGGGUGGGCGAGGAAGGGGUGGAUGGCGGAUGAUAUAGAGGAGGAGAUGAGGGUGAGUAAGUGGGUGGUGGAUGGCUUGGUGCGUGUGGUCAUGUCGCUUGGGCAUGUUGUGCCAAGGUCGUGA